AUGGCCGACGCCAAACCCGCCGUUCUAAUUGUCGGUGGUCUCGGCUUCAUCGGUCGACACCUCGCUCUAUACCUCCACGAGAACAACCUAGCCUCCGAAGUCCGUUUAGUCGACAAAGUCCUCCCCCAAUUGGCCUGGCUAGCCCCCGAAUUCGAAGAAGCAUGUUCCAAAGAGAAAUUCGUCCAAGCAGACGCCAGUCGUGAACAACACUUCCCGCGCAUCUUCGACAGAGCCAACGGCAAACAAUUCGACUAUGUAAUCAACUGCGGCGGCGAAACCCGCCACUCCCAACCCGACGACGUCUACGAAGUGCGCAGCUACGCCCUCACCGUCGCCCUCGGAAAAGAAAUCGCCCGACGCGGUAUCCCCGCUUUCAUCGAGACUUCCACAGCGCACGUCUACAAAGGCGGCUCAACACCACGCAAGGAGACCGACAAGCUCGCCCCCUGGCAUAAACUCGCCGCGUGGAAACUAAAAGCCGCCGAGGAACUGCGGAAAAUCCCUAACCUGCAAUACUGCGCCCUACGUCUGCCCCAUGUCUACGGCGCCUAUGACCCCGGCUACUUCGCGACGGGAAUUUGUCUUUCGGCCGUCCAUGUCGAUCUGAAGCAGGAUUUGGUGUUCUUGCAUACGAAGGAUCUGAAAAUUAAUACACUCCACGUGAAGGAUGCUGCGAGCGCGUUGUUCGAGGCUGCCAAGUGGCGCGCGGCGAAGGGUUUCAUUGAUCCAAAGGAUGGGGUGGUGACUUUCAAUGUUGUGGAUCACAAUGAUACGAAACAGGAACAUGUUGCCAAGGCGUUGACGGAGGUGUUUGGUCUGAAGGUUUCGUUUAUUGGGUCGCUUGCUUCGCAGCUCGCCAAGUUGAAUCUUGAUGAUGUCGUGGAUGAUAUGAAUGAGGUCGGUUUGCAGACUUGGGCUGAGCUCCUGGAACGGGCUAAUAUCACCCGACCUGGACCGAUCAGUCCGUUCUUGGAACGUGAUACUCUCAAGGACGAGGAUAUGAGUCUUGACGGAACGAAGUUCGAGACUGAGGUUGGCUGGAAGCCAAAGUAUCCGAACUUUGGGGCUGAUAGUGUCCGUGAGAUUGUGGACAGCUACAAGCGCAUGGGCUGGUGGCCAUGA